AUGAAAUCGGGUCACCUCAUCCUACUGUCAUCCACUGUGUUCUUCUGCUUCAACCUCUAUGCCAUUCUUUUGAGCAGACUACUCCCGCUGACUGGUGUUCCUGUAGCCAACAUACUUGAUUCGCUCGCAAGAGACGACCAUUACAAGUACUUCGCUCUCUUCUUGAUACCCACAACAGCAUAUUUCGUGAUUGCAAACUGGGUUGGGUGGCAAUACUAUCAAAAUUCGUGAACACAGAUGACAGCUCGAUGAAAAGCAAUGCGACAGCAUAAUGUACAAGGGUGUAGAAUUACAAACGUGCCAUAAAUAGAGAGAUAAAUAGCGGGGGCAGAGGUGGUGUGGAGACUUAUGGUGGCUCUCUGCAGACUGGUUGGCGCCCGACCGUCAUCACCUGCAGUAGAGCUUGACGGUCGCGGGGGGAAGAUGACCGACCUGGGUGCAAAGGUGGAUCGCGCCGGACUCGAGGCGCGAGUGACCGGUAUGGGCUGGGGACGUCUCGGAGAACUAAUCUCUGAACGUACACUUCUUGGUCGCGAAUGCUGACGCCAGCGACUGGGCUCGGUGAAUCUUUCUUCAUCCUCGCUCCCCACACUACUUUGAUCUUCAGUGUUGGUCCUGCGACGCGGAAAGACACUGCGUGUGGCGGGCGCAGGGAUCGUUGGUCGAGAAGCGACAGUUGAUCGCGCUGGGACGUGUUUUAUGGCUGUAGGAAGCCGCAUAUAUCUUGCUCUCCUGGGGCUUUGUUAGUUUCGAUAAUCAGCAUUCAAAACAGACGUACGCCACUGCUUUGAG